AUGCUAGCGAUGAAUGAGGGAUCUGGCGAGGACGGAUCAAGUGAAACGGAAAUGGUCACUGAACAAUUGAUUCCGACUCAAGAAGCCAAAUCGGCAGGAACUACUACGAUGGCGCCGACGAAAGAGCCCGUGAAUUCUGACCCAACCAAUUCCACCUACGCCGUUCCACCUCCACAGCCGGCUUUGGAUGAGAAAAAACCACAAAAAAGUCACUACCCCCGUACCCCGAUCCUCGGCCACCAUUCCCAAUCGGAACUCUUCAUUCUUCAUGGACCGCAUUGGAUCAUUGCGAAAAAUCGCCGAAAGAUCCCAACGAUCGGG